UCGAGCUUGAGAAAAUACAACUCUCACGAAAGCGCAUCCCGCGUCUCGGCGUGCGCGUUCGCUCGAUCAUUCGCGCUAGUUCCGAUGCUUUGGCUCGUGCAUAGAUCGUAGUUAUCGGAAAAGUAGUAUUAGUAAAAAAGGGAGAAAUUAUGACUGGCAAAAGUACGAUUAAUCGCACGGUGGAGCUGAUGCUCACCAUGUUCGGCGUCUGGCCAGGUAUGUCGUAUUUUAUAAUCUGCAGAGUGUUUUGGCUCAUUACGCUAGUAAUUAGUGAGUUCUUCCACUACCGAUACAUCGUGACGCAUUUGAAUCUCGACAAUCUCUUCGGCUUGAUGGACUGCUUGAGCAGUUUCUUGGCGCACGUGAAAUUGACCGCCAAGCUCAUCAUUUUCUCGUGCAAACAGCGACAAUUUAUCGAAAUCUUGACAACGAUGUCGGAAGAUUGGAGCGAUUACUCGAGCAGUAACGUCGCGUUGCACGAAACUGUGCGCAAAACGAAAACCUCGAGUCGUAUUUGUAACGGGCUAAUUAUCCUUCACACAAUUGCCGCAUUUACGUACGUCAUUGGCAUCCUCUUAGCCGACGUUGACAUCACUGAUCGAACGGCCGAACUGCCCCUCAUGAUGAAAAUGGAAUAUCCCUUCGUCAUAAACACGCGAUGCAAAUACAGAGUCGUGUUAGUUACGCAGUUCGUGUUCGUGAUGGUGUGCAGCUGGGGAGCUGGUUUAUUCAACGCUCUGCUUCUAACUCUGACCCUGCAUAUGGGUGGUCAAGUAAACAUUUUACUUUACUGGUUGACGGACGUUAUAAAGCUCGAAAAGAUCGAGAAGGACGAAUCAAUCGUCACGAUGAGGAAAAUAAUUCAGAAGCAUCAGAAAAUUAUCCAUUUCUCGCAGAAUGUUAACGAUCUCUACUCGUACAUAUCUUUACUACAAUUCGCGUCGAACACGGUGAUGAUUUGUUCAUUGGGAUUUCUCAUUGUGACCGCACUCGGCAAUCCCGAUGCCACGGAACAAAUAAUGAGAUCUCUUUUAUUUUAUGCCGUGACGAAUCUCGAAGCAUUUAUAUUUUGCUUCGCUGGUGAAUACCUGACGAACAAGAGCAAAGCGGUCGGAAAUGCAGCGUAUAAUUCCGCAUGGUACGAUAUGAAGGCCAAAGACUGUCGUGUUUUAUUAUUUGUGAUUUUAAGAUCGCAGAAGCAACUAAAGCUUAGGGCCGGCAAUAUGAUGGAUCUAUCUUUAGAGUCUUUUACAGGUGUAAGAUAUUAUGAAAGCCUCGGGAUCAUAUUUGUCAGUGCUGUUGGCGAUGAGAUAAACAUCGUUAGUUUCUACUUUGUCAAUUCCUAG